CUGAUAGCGGCCGGCGCGCUGGGGGUGGUGAUGGUGCUGCUGCUGGUCAUCCUCAUCCCGGUGCUGGUCAGCUCAGCCGGCACCUCGGCGCACUACGAGAUGCUCGGCACCUGCCGCAUGGUCUGCGACCCCUACGGCGGCACCAAGGCGCCCAGCACGGCGGCCACGCCCGACCGCGGGCUCAUGCAGUCCCUGCCCACCUUCAUCCAGGGGCCCAAGGGGGAGGCCGGCCGGCCGGGCAAAGCGGGACCGCGCGGCCCGCCGGGAGAGCCGGGGCCGCCCGGCCCGGUGGGGCCGCCGGGUGAGAAGGGCGAGCCGGGGCGGCAGGGCCUGCCGGGCCCCCCCGGGGCGCCGGGGCUGAACGCGGCGGGGGCCAUCAGCGCCGCCACCUACAGCACCGUGCCCAAAAUCGCCUUCUACGCCGGCCUCAAGCGGCAACACGAGGGCUACGAGGUGCUCAAGUUCGACGACGUGGUCACCAACCUCGGCAACCACUACGAUCCCACCACCGGCAAGUUCACCUGCUCCAUCCCCGGCAUCUACUUCUUCACCUACCAUGUGCUCAUGCGGGGCGGCGACGGCACCAGCAUGUGGGCCGACCUCUGCAAGAACAACCAGGUUCGAGCUAGUGCAAUUGCUCAGGAUGCUGAUCAGAACUACGACUACGCCAGUAACAGCGUGGUUCUUCACCUGGAGCCAGGAGAUGAAGUUUACAUUAAAUUAGAUGGAGGAAAAGCACAUGGAGGAAACAACAACAAAUACAGCACAUUUUCUGGAUUUAUUAUUUAUGCUGACUGAUAAUGAGUAAAAAGACCCACCAAACCAGUCGAGAAAUGAAGCCUGCUCUUCUAAGCGAUGGAUUGCGUGGCAAAAGUCAA